GCUAAACUAUGGCAGAAGUUGCUCCCACUCAAGCCGCCCCGACCAAAGCGCCCAAGAAGAAAAGCGCAGCCCGGCCCAAGAAAGCGGGCCCAAGCGUCGGUGAGCUCAUCGUCAAGGCUGUUUCACAGUCCAAGGAGAGAAGCGGCGUGUCUCUCGCCGCUCUGAAGAAAGCCCUGGCUGCCGGCGCCUACGACGUGGAGAAGAACAACUCCCGCGUCAAGCUCGCCGUGAAGAGCCUCGUGACAAAGGGCACCCUAGUGCAGACCAAAGGCACAGGCGCGUCCGGCUCUUUCAAGCUCGACAAGAAGCAAACCGAGCCCAAGAAGAAGCCGGCAAACAGAAACUGUUUAUAAACAAAUACUGUGUGAGAUCAAAAGAUUGAGGACAAUAGACACUCGAGGAAAGAGAAAGUUCCCCUGGACUCUGCUGGACUUUUAAUCAGUGCCGUAUGUUUCUAAUGUAAAUAACACUGUAGGAAUGU